GCAGAGAGAGCUGCGGCCGUGGCAGCUGCACGGCUCCGUCCCCGGAGCAUGCGCGACAGCCGCCCCAGAGCCCCCAGCCGCGGCGCCCAGCGUCCCGCCGCCAGCGCAGCCCCGGACGCUAUGGCCCACCCCUCCGGCUGGCCCCUCGUGUAGGAUGGUAGCACGCAACCAGGUGGCAGCCGACAAUGCGAUCUCUCCGGCAGCAGAGCCCCGACGGCGGCCAGAGCCCUCCUCGUCCUCGUCUUCAUCCUCGCCGGCGGCCCCCGCGCGUCCGCGGCCCUGCCCCGCAGUCCCAGCCCCGGCCCCGGGCGACACUCACUUCCGCACGUUCCGCUCCCACUCCGAUUACCGGCGCAUCACGCGGACCAGCGCACUCCUGGACGCCUGCGGCUUCUACUGGGGACCUCUGAGCGUGCACGGGGCGCACGAGCGACUGCGCGCCGAGCCUGUGGGCACCUUCCUGGUCCGCGACAGUCGCCAACGGAACUGCUUCUUCGCGCUCAGCGUGAAGAUGGCUUCGGGACCCACGAGCAUCCGCGUGCACUUCCAAGCUGGCCGCUUCCACCUGGACGGCAGCCGCGAGACCUUCGACUGCCUCUUCGAGCUGCUGGAGCACUACGUGGCGGCGCCGCGCCGCAUGUUGGGGGCCCCGCUGCGCCAGCGCCGCGUGCGGCCGCUGCAGGAGCUGUGUCGCCAGCGCAUCGUGGCCGCCGUGGGUCGCGAGAACCUGGCGCGCAUUCCUCUUAACCCGGUACUUCGCGACUACCUGAGUUCCUUCCCCUUCCAGAUCUGACCGGCUGCCGCCGUGCCCGCAGCAUUAAGUGGGGGCGCCUUAUUAUUUCUUAUUAUUAAUUAUUAUUAUUUUCCUGGAACCACGUGGGAGCCCUCCCCGCCUGGGUCGGAGGGAGUGGGUGUGGAGGGCGAGGUGCCUCCCGCUUCUGGCUGGAGACCCCAUUUCUCCUCUCGCGGGGGGGGGGCUCCCCUCCUGGUGCUCCCUCCGGGUACCCCUGGUUGUAGCAGCUUGUGUUUGGGGCCAGGACCUGAACUCCACUCCUACCUCUCCAUGUUUACAUAUUCCCAGUAUCUUUGCACAAACCAGGGGUGGGGGAGGGUCUCUGGCUUCAUUUUUCUGCUGUGCAGAAUAUCCUAUUUUAUAUUUUUACAGCCAGUUUAGGUAAUAAACUUUAUUAUGAAAGUUUUUUUUUUUAAAG